AUAGAUGUUUUGACCCCGGAAGCACUUCCCCAUGUAGCGUUACCGUUGAGAUUGUUAAAACAACACUAUUAUUCAGAUUUAUUCCCAAACGUAUGUUGAAAGAAACUAUUUUUGAAAAUGGGAGUCAAUGUAAUGGGAAAAUACCAUUUAACAGUCUUUACAGAUAGCUAAUGUUACGAAUUGUGUGCCUAACUAGCUAACGUUGUAUUAGAAGCUUCGCGUUAGCUAACGUUAAGUUAGCAAUCAGCUAACUGACUAAAGUGUUUAUCACAAACAAGCACAAACGGUGAACAUUUGAAGAACCUUCUCCAGCCAUUUUGGGGUCAGAGAUCUUUUCGAAAUGGAUAUCAGCAUUGCCGUGUCGCUGAUCCGAGGCCAGAUGGGUGCCGUGGUUGAGCGAGCAGUGAACGGAGCGGUGGAGACGGUGCUGGCAGAGAUGCUCAAAGUGGUCGGAGUCAAAUUUGAGGAGUUGAAAGCCCAGGUGGUGCUGAUGAAGAGGGACAUCAUGGCGUUGCAGAGGGAAAAGGCUGUAAAAGAGAAGGAGAAUGACAAUAUUCGUGCCAAGCUGCGCUACACCGAGCUGAAGCUGAAGUACUACAGGCAGGGAGUGGAGGAGGAGCUGCAGCAGAGAGCCUCAGUCUCCACUCUUGUCCGCAUCCACCCGUCCACCUUCGCCCAAGCACAGAGAGGUGGUGCAAAUGUUUCCUCCACCGAGACCUCUCCAUCAUGCUCAACUCAGACCAGGACCCCUGAGGGACCACUGACGAGAAGCAAUCAAGGCACCUCUCCGCAGAGCACGAGCAGGUGUGCGAUCAGAGUGUGCUGCCAUUCAGAUGUGGGAGUUACCAGCUCCGACCCGUCUGACUUGCUGCUGCCUGUCUCACUCCCUGUGAACACACCAACAGAAUCUGUGGACAGCAGUACAGUUUUGUUCUGUUCCACAGAGCGCGACACAGCUCAGAGCAAGGAUGACGAUCAGGAGGACGACUGUGAGUGGACCAUCACUCUGCAGCCACAUACAGAAGGUGUAGACGCUGUCGUGGCCCCUCCUCCUGUCCAGGCCCUUACUCUGGAUCUGGGGCAGCAGUCAGCUGCUGGCACGCUGUCCCCAGAUGGUUCCACCCAGGCCGAUAGCUCCACUCUGCCCUCCUCUGCUCCACAGGUGAAGCAGGAGGAGGAGGAGGAGGUGAUCUGUAUUAAGGAGGAGGCAGAGGACGAGCAGGAGGUGAUGGCCACUCUGCUGCUGGACUGCCAGGUGCAGCAGGGUCAUCUUCCAGAGUCAGAGGCUCAAAGCUCAGUGACAGAAUGGUCAGGACUCCCAGCAAGCCAGAGAAAUCACACUACAGACUUCAGCUCAGCCGAACCAAGCAACUAUCUGAUGCCUCAGCCUUCGGCCUCCCUGCCGUCGAUGGCGGCCUUGCCACCCAGUAUCCCACCUCGCCAGGCGGUGCGGCCCUGGACUAAAGACCUCAGCCUUUAUGAAGAAUACAAACUGCGCAGGAAUGAGCUCCGCCGGCGAAGCCUCAGCAGACGCAGGGAGCUGGAGAAAACACUGCCUCAGCCUCUGCUGGCAGAUCUGGUGCGAGAGCGUCGGGAGAAGACCAGGCUGAGGGUGGCCAGGUGGAGGGCAAAAAGGAAACUCCAGGCUUGUCUUAACCAGGCUCAGGUUCAAGGUGGCACUGAAGGUCUUUCUCAAACUGGCUUUCCCAUCAGCAGCCAGCAUCAGCAGCUCAGAGUGCCUUGUGCUGCCACCUCGAGUAGUCGGCAGAGCUCAUCACUGUCUCAGUCCAACAGCUUCCUCAACAUGUCCGCAGCAAACAGCAUCUCGUCCACUCUCCCCUUCAUACCCUCCUCCUCCUCUCUGCUCCUGAGAGGCCCCAACAUGGCUCCACAUCAGCACACUGUGACAUCAUCAUCCUCUUCCUACCCCCAGGUCAGCCUAUCGCAGCAGAGUAUCUCUCUGGCAGAAACAGAUAUCUUGCAGUGAGAUGUUUGAAACCAGAACAGUGCACAGAGAGAUUGUAGGAAUGAGGAAUGUGUCAAAUAUGUCAUUGUUGGUGUUCAGGAGGGGUCAGAACAGAUUGUAGUCUGUACUUGAAGGGUGAUGCAGCCAUCUUUGUGUUUCAUUAACUUUGAGCGUCAUUAAUCAAACACAUUGUCCUUGAAACAUUUGGUCUGGUUUUGCAGAGAACUUGCUUACUUUACACUGAACUUCCAUUCACAUCACAAUAAAAGCAGAGCCUGCACGUUAAAACUGAAUUCACUUCUUUACUGAGCAUAGAUGACAAUGUUUCAGUCCAUGGUGGAUCCUCAUCAUGUCGAACUUAGAAGCACCUUAUCCCUACCCAUAUGUACAGACAAAAAAAAUUAGAGCACCUGAUAUGGAUCUCUUUGUCUUUGCUAUGUACUCAUGAGAAAUCCUUUACUCUCAUUUUAUAUCAGUUACACACAAAAUCCAGUAUCUGUAGACCAACACAGGCAACAGACACUGUAAACUCAUACAUAAAAUGUAAUGCAUUCAAAUAUUCACACUUCCAACAACAUUCAGAAUCUUAUAUAAUCUAAUUCUCCUAUACACAGGAAACGUAUAAAUUAUUUAAAUUUAAAUACUUUAUAGUUUAAGCUCUGUAAAUGUAGAAACCUUCAAAAGUAAGUUCACGCUCUCCUGCACAUGUUCACUGUUGAUGUAUUUCAAAGGGAAAUGUUUAUUUGAUUGAAAUAUAGUGCCACAGGGACAAUUUAUCAUUAUGUUUUAUAGUGUGCAUGUGACUUCCUUUUUAAAUAUUGGACAGAGUAGGUUGUCCAGUGCGUGGGUGAUUGUUAUAAAUGCAGUUGAAAUGUGUACGAGACACGCACUUUUACUUGGCCUGAUGAGGACACAAAGAAAUUACCUGAGAAGUGUUACUUGUUCUCUGAGAAACCAUCUUUGACAGACACUGACUUGCAGAGUUGCUUACUAGAAACGUGUCAAGGCUGCUAACAAGAAAAAUAUUUUCAUUUUGUAGUUUGGCCAACUCACAAAAGAAUGUUCAGUUACAAUAAAUGCAGCUGAAAUAAG